UUUCCACUCCUCUGUCAGUUGCUGCUGCUCCCGUCUGCUCAGGGGCACUGCCUGCUCAGUCCUCACUGCAGAGGGAUCUUCAGACACUCUCCCCUGGUCCUUCUCAUUUACUUGAGCGAGUGGCUUUCCAACUGAAACUUGGUGUGGGAGGCCUAGUGUUGGCAUCCAGAGUACAUGUCCCAAAUAUGUCCAGCCACACCUUCUGAUCCUAGUGCAGAAGAGCUGCCGACAGAUGACAGUAGAUAUCCUCCUUCAAUUCUGAGGAAAAGGCCACCUGUGGAACAAGCUGUGGGAGAAAAGCGGAAAGCAGAGAGAAGGGUUCGAUUUCGUGAGCCAGAAGUCGUCAUUGAAUAUGCCAUUUCCUACUGUGACUACGUAGUGGUAGAUGACAGGUCAUCAUCUGGAUUGCCUGUGCUCCUGUGGCUCUCAUUUUGUGCCAUGCUCAUCCUGGCUGUGAGUCUCUACUAUACCAGCAUGAAGCAGGAUGUCAAAAUCCUGGAGGAAUUUCAGUCCCGAAUUGUUAUCUUCUUUCUUCAAAUAAGACACGUUGCUCAGAAAUGCUGGACUUGGUUUAUGAGGCAGUAGCAAUGUCCUCUGACCUGACAGACAUCCCAAACCACUGCUAACCAGCAUGUGACAGCACAAAGCUCCCAGUCUGUUCCUGCCACAUGCAGAGAACACACAGGCAUCCAAUUCGAAGAGCAAGAAAAUCACUCCUGUUGUGCACUUUUCAGCAGCCACUUGUUGUCCUUUCUUUUUUUCUUUUUUUUUUUUUUGUUUUUCACAUUAUUGGGGAGUCCCAGUAGCACCUAGGGGGUCCCACCUAACUCAUGCUCCAUCAUCCUGAACAGCAAACAAGCAUCUGGAUUUUAUCCCCCUAACAGCUUAUAAACUGCAUAUAGGAGGAGCCGAAGUAGAGAAAUACAUUGAUCUGUGCAGGCAACAGCAAGCUCUGAACAAAAGUCUCCUGAGUCUAAGGUCAAGGCUUUAAAUACCAAACCAUCCUUCUCCUCAAGUCUCCUAAGAGCUAUUCUGCAAAAGUUAAAAUAAAACUGAGCUAUUGUGCAAACACUGCUCUGGUGGCCAAAGGCUUGGCAAGCUGCUAUAUUUAUGUACCUGAAAUGAUGAUUAGUAAAAUCCCAGCAAAUGGCUUUCUAGUUUUCCUUCAUCCAUUUUUCCCUCUACAGGCAAAAGCUGUUUCUUAAUGUUUCACUGGACUCCCAGGUGUGAAAAAGAACGUGAAAUCUCAUUUAAACAGUAAACAGUUUAUUUGCUUAACAUAAUAAAUAGCAGCAUUGAACCCCAGGUUAAUUAUCAAAUCAGCAAUUUAAUCUUCUGGGUUUGAUUCAGUCCAUAAACCUCACAACCUGAGCUUACAAGAUUUGUGGUAGCGCUUGUACUCAGCCAGAAGUUACGAUUUUAUGCCUGGACAUUCAAGGCCUUACACAAUUGUAAUACAUACAGUUUAUGAAGGCAUGGGAGGCAAAGCCCCUUUAUCCCUCCACUGUACCACCAUAGUAUGCACCCCUCUGAAGGGAAUCUUUGUGUUGGAAAUCUUGCAAUAGACUGGAAUGCUGCUCUGAGUGUCAGAGAGGAGAAUAAGCAAGCUUAGGAGCUUCAGCUGCUUUCUUCCUAGACAAAACCAGCACAACUACUUUUUAAGGCCUUAGAUUCUUGUGAAGUAGCACCUGAUGUGUGCUUGGGUUUAUUUGGUGUAAUAAGAUAGACAUCAGUAUCUGUAAGAGCUGAAGAAAAGGAAGAAGGAAGAAAAAAAAAAAGGAGAAAGAAAACACUGCAGAGAAGAUGGAAGAGAUGCCCACAAGACCUGGGCUUGAAUUCCCCUGCCAUUGCAACCCACUGAAAAGAAAACACGGUGCUUUAUUUUUAAUUGUUUUGUAUUUUUAAAAAUGAGGGCCAUACCUCUCUGCCCAACAACCUUCUUCCAAGCAGCCCAAGGACUGUAACCAGGAGGAAAAUAAACAGAAAUGUGUUAUGCCACCUUUUCUCAAAAUGAGGGUAGGCAGCAAUUUGUUUGAGAACAAAUCAAAACAACUGCAGUCCCAGACAGAAAGAAGUGACUUCAGUGGCUAUUUCAUGCUCCUCCUAACAUGUCAAAGACCACAACAAUUGCACUUGAUACACUGUCAGUCUGGGAAACAGAGAUUGCUGCAAGAGGAGUGUUUAGCUCAGGGGCUCUUUAUGCAAACCACUCGGGUACCCCAGCUCAGAGGGUAAGUUUCGUCACUUCUUCCCUUCCCUUUCCCCUAUCUUAGCUGUCCUGUUCAUGUAAUAAAGAUGAAA